AUGGCUAAAGUUAUGCUGUCCGUGGUCCUUGCAGCGUGCAUGCUCGUUUCAGCGUUCUGUGCACCCGAUAAUGCUGGAAUCGAAUUUAUAAUUGGCUACAUGGAAAAUAUCGCGGCUAAUUACGACGUCGAACUUUUCGUAACUACUAUGAAAACAACUACGGUCAAUGUUCAGAUUACAGCACCACGUUAUCCAUCAGCAGGAAUCAGCGAAAGUUUCACAGUUACUUCUGGUUAUGUCAAAGAGUUAGCUUUCUCGCCACUGAUUCGUAUGUCAGGAACGAAUAUGGAUUCCAAAGGAAUAUGGAUAACUGCAGAUGACGAAGUGGUGAUUUAUGGAGUCAAUAAGGAAACGUAUUCUUGUGAUGCCUUUCUUGGUCUGCCCACUGAUGUUAUUGGUAAAGAAUAUUAUGCCGUUACAUACUACCCUCCAUCACAACAGUGUGAGAUUCUGAUUGCUGCCGUAAACGAUACCACAUCCGUUAACGUGACCCUGGGGUCAUCACUUAGUAAUGACUAUGUUUACUAUGACAGUACAUAUUAUUACGCGGGGAAUACAUUUGCUCUUUCCAUGGACAGAUUCGAUACCUUUCAGUUCUACAGUUCCGGUGAUCUUAGCGGAACCAAGAUCUCGGCUGACAAAAACGUCGCCGUGUUCAGCGGAAACAAGAAAACCAAGAUUGGUGCAGGCGGAAGUUCUGAUCAUUUAGUUGAACAAAUUACACGUGUUGACUCUUGGGGAAAGAAUUUCAUUACUGUUCCCAUUCCUUUGCGAACAGUUGGUGACUACUUCCGGUUUAUAUCCAGCGAGGCCUCAACAGUAAUAACAAUCACAGGAGGAUACACUGACACCUUUACCAUAACUAACGCUGGUGACAUGAUUGAGAAGGACAUCCCGUCUACCGCCUAUUGUAAGGUCACGUCCGACAAACCCAUUCUGGUGGUGCAGUUUUGCUUGAGCCAGCAGUCCAGUGCAGAACAAUCCGAUCCGAUGAUGAUGAUUAUUCCACCAAUUGAACAGUACGCAGCUGAUUACACAUUUGCAACACCAAGGUACUCCCAGGGAUCUUACAGUAACUACUUCAUGUUUGUGGUGAAAGAUUCAGAGAAGGAUGGACUCCGACUCGACGGUGAUGUGUUUCCUAGUACCACUUAUAACUCCAUCAGUGGUACCGAGUACGUCGCCGGAUAUGUCGCCGUCAGCCAUGGCUCCCAUACCGUUCGGCACACCUCUACUAUCUCCAUAUUCGGAGGAUAUUUAUACGGCCAAGCCAGAUACGAGACAUACGGUUUUACUACUGGUAUGCGUAUGGCCCCAAUCAACACCGUUUGCGUGAACACUACCUCUGUUGUGGGUGACGGUGUUGAUAAUGACUGUGACGGUCUCAUAGAUGAGGAACUCUGUACAACAGCUAAUAAUUACGCAGAUGAUGACGGAGACGGCUUGAUUGAUGAAGAUUGUGCCAAACCUGCCCCAAUUGACGGUAAUUGGGCUAGCUGGGGAUCCUUCGGUGAUUGCUCAUUGACUUGCAUGGACUUUGGAUCAUCACAGACUGGAGUGAUGGAAAGAACUCGAAACUGUUCGGAUCCAGCUCCGGCAUAUGACGGUGCUCAGUGUGUUGGAGAUGGUACUGAAACACAGUCAUGCACCACAAGUACCUACUGUCCCAUAAAUGGCGAGUACGGACCUUGGACAUCAUGGGGAGAUUGCUCUGUGACAUGCGCAAAUGGUGUCAAAAACCGCACACGCGCAUGUGACAGUCCCACCCCCCAAUAUGGCGGCAACAACUGUACAGGAGACGCCUCAGAGAUGACUGAUUGCACCCUUAGUCCUUGUCCAAUUGAUGGCGGAUAUACCGACUGGUCAGCGUGGGGCGUGUGUACUGUCACGUGCGGAGGUGGCACCCAGGAUCGAACCCGUAGCUGCACCAACCCUUCCCCCGCCCACGGAGGUGCUAGUUGUAACGGAACGGACUUUGAGAGUCAGGAUUGUAACACGGCUGUUUGUAUAAUCGAUGGAGAUUGGGGAGCUUGGGGAUCUUACGGAGUGUGCACGGUCACUUGUGGAGGAGGAACGCAGUCGCGCGCACGAAGUUGUGAUUCCCCACUUCCAGCUAAUGGUGGCCUCCAGUGUGUUGGAGAUUCUAGCGAGUUCCAGUCCUGUAACUCUGCUGCCUGCCCGAGCCCUUCCCCUGGCACCUAUGUACAGAAUUGUCCCUCCGGAUGGUUUUCGUGUGCGAAUCCCUCAACCAUAAGUUGUAUCGAAGAAUCAUUUAAGUGCGACUGUUCCGAAGACUGCGAUGACGGAAGUGACGAAACGGAAGUAUAUGCGGGAUGUACAACUGCAUGUUCAGCUGGCGCUGGCGCUGCCGGUUCCGGAGCUACAGAAGCAAUCACAAAGAUUUCAACCGUCCUGAUGCUGAUCUGUCUUUUUGUGGCUGGAACAGUUUCCGUAUAA